GGCUGCGGGAUCGCUGUGGCCCGUUCCCGGUGGGCGGCUGUGGUCAGGGGGUUGCUGCAGCCCGCCGCGCCGGUCGCACGGAGCGUUGUGUGCGUGUGUGUGCUUGUGCGUGUGUUUGUGUGUGUCCCAGGAGCUGCGUCUUUCGCUUGAGCUUGUCUCGGCUUUCCGACAGAGGUUGAUCCCCGCGGCCGCAGCUGAGCGGUCAGCCCGGAUCCCGCAGCAGGUGCACCGCGGCGCUGCUGAGGACGGGCCCGGAGCGGCCUCCCCGCUCGCUGUCCGCUCUCUGACAGCACCGGAGGUGGUAAUCCGGAGGCAGCGCCGGUUCCCAAAUGCUCUCCUAAAAAUGUGUGCGUGUUGAGUGGAACUCAUCGCAUCCUGCCUUCACCUGUGGGCAGGUGGGCGAACACUCAAGACACGGAACUCUGGAGAGAGACCCACUGCAUGUGGGUCGUGCAGGAGGUGACAGGGAUCUGCGACCACGGAACAGAGCAGUCUUCAGAUCAGUGGUUCACAAAGAGACACGCUGUGCGGUUGUGUGCAAGUUCUCCAUCUUCACAGAAUCACAGAAUGGCCCGGGUUGGAAGAGACCACAAGGAUCGUGAAUCUUCAACACUCCUGCCACAGGCAGGGCCACCAACCUCCACAUUUAAUACUAGACCGGGCUGCCCAGGGGUUGUCUUCACAGAUCUCGUUUCCCUAUUCAUAAAAUAAGAAAUGAACACUCAUCCACUUACUGAACAAAGUGUCAUUCUGUUUGAUGUAUCUCCACCCCACGGAGCUUAGGACACAGAAGUGUGGUUUUCCUAUCUUCUGUCUGCCAGAUGUGUGCCCAGGGGCUGGGCUGAGAUGUGUGAAGCCUGCAGACCCUUUGCUGACUGCAGCGCUUCUUCCUGUCUGCAGUUUAUUUUUAAAUACUCUGCUGUUUGUACUGAGUACUAUUUAAUAGUUUUCCUUAAGGGAAAUGGACGGGAUGAUGGGAUAGACUUCGAUCCAUUUUUAAACUGGACUUGGUGUUUUAAAUAGACUUUUUUCCUCUCUUACUAAUUAGUCUGUUAAUUCUGUAAUUUGUAGAUCUUUCAGAACAUCAAAGGGAACUUGGUUUUCCUAGACAAUAUGGUUAGUAAUGGCCUAAUUCAGCAUUUCUUGUUGAAGUUUCUUGGUAAGCUAUGGCUUACUGUAGCUACUAUACCAUCAUUUUCUAUACCAUAGCUUCAGAGACUAAAUAAAGAAUUUUGGAAAUAUCUGUUGCCAAUCAGCUGUCCCUUUGUACAUAUUACUCGUGAGACCACACCUUGGAUGUUGUGUUUGGUUCCUACAGAAGGGACAUUGAGUUGCUCGAGUGUGCGCAAAGAUAGUGAGGAAGGGAUGAGAAAACAAGACCGACAAGGAGCAGCAAAACUGUUUAAAUCUGAAGCUGAGGAGGCUGAGAGAAGGCCUCACGGCCCCCUACAGCUGCCUGAAAGGAGGUCACAGUGACGAGGUUGCUGGUCUCAUUCCUUGGGUGACAAAUGAUAGGGCAUGAGUCAGUAACCUCAUGUUGCACCAGGGGAGGGUUAGACUGCAUCUCAGGAAGAAUGUCUUCAAAGAUAAAGUGUCCAGGCAUUAAAAAAGACUGUCCAGGGAAGUGCAGGAGUCCCAAUCUCUGGAGAUAUUUAAGAGAUGUGUGGACAUGACACUGAUGGUCAUGGUUUGGGAUUCGGAGCCUACCCUAUUUAAAUAUACCAAAUCUUGCAUGCAUAGAAGACUACGUGACUACCUCUUUCUGACCUGGUCAUCAUCCUUGAAAAAACACUGAAUCCUUAGGAAAAUGGUCUAAAAAUAUCUGGAAGGGGAUUAAGUGGUUCAACAAGUAACGCUCUGAUGGACGACAGAGAAUUUCCACCAAAUGAUCUACAAAUUGACUCGAAGGACAGUCUUCCUGCUGACUAUAGGGUCGAAUGUUUGACCUCUCAUUUGGUUUCUACAGCUGACGAAAAUGAAAAUCAACUUGACAAUGAUGGGAAUGAAGUUUUGACCAGUAGUAGAAUUGCUAUGGGAAGACAGAAUGAAGGUGAGCAGGACAGCAUCAAUAAUAAUGAGAAUAUGGACAGCGGAGACUGUACCCCAGGCUGUAAGGAAAGUGAGACUGAGAGGAGAUCUGUGAAUGUCCAUAUGGACCCUCAGCUGGAGGAAAAGCCUAUCACAGAAAAACAGCCAGGUGGAAAAAGAAGUCCAAGAAGCAAAAGAAGCUCCGGUAAAAAAUCUAAAGGAGUUCCUUCAGUGGGAACCACAGCAAUCAAGGAGGAAAAUACUCUUGUUACACAUACAGAUUCUGUGCAUUCUGAAGGUGCUGUUGAAGCAAAUGAAAAUUCUCACCAAAAAGAACAAAAACAAACGUUGCAGUCCCUUUUCUCUUUGCUCCGUGAAGAGGUUGAGCAGAUGGAUUCAAAGACACUGCCCCUGUGUCUCCAUCAGAUAGCUGAGACCUAUUUUCAAGAGGAGGAAUAUGAGAAGGCAAUGAAGUUCAUUCAGCUUGAACGAUUGUAUCAUGAACAACUGCUUGCAAAUCUUUCUUCCAUACAGGAGCAGUGGGAAAGAAAAUGGAAAGCAGCAGUCUCUAGUCCAGAUAGAACGUUGAGGAAUUCAGCUAAAGGACUGAGUAGUGAAGAGUUGGAAAAGCUUACUAAAGUUUGUUCUUCACAUCAACAGCCACAGGCGCCCAAAAAUAAGCCAGGAGUUGCAGAAAAUACAUCAGAAAGCGGUUGUUUGCUCAAGUUAAUUGGAUCAGAGAAUUUAAAGGAAAGAGAAGCUGCUGCUUUCAAAUCAGGUACUGAAACUUGUCCUGGCAACCGACCAAAGAAAGAAGAUCAACAGCCGAGCUCCCGUCUUACCGGUGAAAAGCAAACUGAGGAGCAGAAGGAGGCGGUGAGUCUUCUGGUAGCUGCAGGAAAGGACCACAUGGAGGAGCAGCACUGCAGUGCAGAAUCAGCACUGGAGCCACACACCCAGUCCACAGGGACAGUGGGCAGGCCUUCUCCGGGCUGUUUAUCAUCGGGGGAUGCUGGCAAAGAUAACAGUUUGCUGCUGAGAGAAAAGCAGAUCUCUAAGGAUGCAGAAAAAAUAGAAGAGACAGCUGGCAAACCCGGAGUAAAAUUCUCUCCCAGGCCAAUGGUAGACGCCUUGGUUUUAACAGAUGCUGAUUAUAUGCCUGCUGAUUUGGUUUCUACUGAUAAAAACGUACAAGCUGAUAAAAAUCUUCUCAGAUCAAAACUUGUUGCUAGCUCUUCAGAAAUCACUAGUGGCCAAUUCGGAAACAGCGAUUUAAACCAGCAACAGAAACGGCCCGAUGAUGACGAUAAUGAAAAAUCUUCCCAGGACAGAACUGCUUCAAAUGUAUGCUCUGAAAGUAGUAAAGUAUCUGAGCAUGAGAGUACUGCCCAUUCACGAGUAUGCAAGGAAAAGCAGAGAGCACCAGGACAGGAGGAAAAGGUAAAAAGUGAAGAACAAGAAGAUGUCUAUCUCAGAUUUUUAAAUGGCAACAUAAUAGACACUGAAGAAUCAUUUGCAAACUUAGCAAAUCAAGAAGAAUUUGACGCUGUCCCAGAUAUUUCACCUGAACGAGCAUCUUACAGCUCACUGGAAGCUUUAUCACUAGAUGACAGCUUUUCUUCUCUUGAUGAACUUGCAAGAAGGAUAGAGAUUGCUGAGUUAAUCUUAUUGCCAGUCAUCACCCUUGGGGGCUGCAUUUCAGACUUGGUGUUCACCUGCAACUUCCUUGGAAGGCACCAGGAACUGGCAGAGCAUGCCACCUCUCAGACAUGAUCACUAUUUACUUACGCUGACUUUGUUUUAGUGCUAAAAUAAGAUUCUAAUGAUAUUUUGACAAGCAGACUGAUCUUUGCAUCCAACAAUAACAUUUUUUCCUUUCUUGUUCUACUUGUCUGCCUUUGAAGUUGAAUUGUUCUGAUUGUGGCCAUCUAAUAAGUUUACAAUGUUUUCUUACAAUAAUUAUGAAAGAAGUACUACAAAUGCAUUGUGUAGACACAAGCAAGCACAACAACAACAAGUCCUUACAUGAAAUGUGCCAGUAUGACAAUUUAAAAUAAAAAGAAGUCAAUCAAUGUGACUACGAUCAAACUUUUCCUGGAGCAAAUAGUUACAAAAUUGUCACAAGUAAGUUAGAAAGGAGGGCAAAGAUUAAGACCGUUUUGAAAUAAACUAGGUACAAAAAUCAUAUGGUAGGAUCAAUAUUAUUCAUUGGGGGGUGUAAUAAUUUACUGUAAAUGGGAAAGGAUAAGUACUUGUGUUGGAAGGGAUUUUUUUUACCCCAUAUUGAGCACAGUUGUCUCACAGAUUUCUGUAAUUCAGAUCCUUUAUGUAUGUCCCUUGCUUUUAGGCUACUAUUUGCAAUAAUUAAUUAAAGACCGAAAAUCUACUAAUUUUUUCUUCUGGCUUUAAAUAACUUGAAAACUGAAAUAGUGUUUUACAUAUUUUACAGUCAGUUGUUCUAGGUAUUUCUCUACUAAUACUAUCCAUGCAAACUUGUGUGCAAAUGAUGGAAAAUCACUGAAGCUAUAUAGAAAGUGCCUUCAUAUACCUAGUAAAGAGCUUCAGAGCAUAUCAACAGUUGGCAGUGACAGAUUUCAGAAGUACAUGACAAAAUGGCACACUAGCAAUCACACAAAUUGUAACCUCAGUAAUGUAAGGUGUGUUUUGCCGUAUCAAAUAAAGCUUUAUAUCUGCGAGAUUAUUAGGGAAAUGAAUAAAAUUUUGGUUUUUUCUUAAUGGCCAAUUAUCAUUUGAAAUUUGUUUCAGAAAGUGGAAGUAUUGAGACUCCUUACCACAGUGUAAAGUAGUAGCUUUGGAUUGCACUUUUUGUAUACAAAGAUUUCAAAAUCUACUGAAUAUGUACUAAGUGGCAGCUGAUUUGGGUGCAGAAAUGAAGUCUUCACCUACCUGCACAAAGUGUAGAGACAGUGCUUUGUUGAGAUCCCUUGUCCAAUUGUAUGGCUCAGGUCCUGUAGUUUUAAGUUUGCUUGGUGUCAACUGCAAGCAGAUUUUGGAUGGCUGUUGUGAAAGCUCCACUCAAGUAGUUUUAUCGAGGCCAGCAGGACUGAGUAACUAUUCUCAGUUACAUAGAAAGCCCAAUAGCAUCCGUUGUUAAUUAUUUAACCUGGAAUUAAGGAAAAAAUCCAUGUUUCACUACUGUCUGUUACCUGUAGCUCUUUUAUGGCGCACAGCGCAGCCCACAGCAUGGCCUGGUGCAGGCCUGCAUUUUUCCUUUUGUGAUUCAAGCCAAGCACAGGCUUGACUUGUGGUUAGCUGUAUUAACCACACUUCCCUCAUUAAAUUCAAAUUUAAAUAAUGAUUUCUGGCUUCUUAAAUUC